UGCAUUCCCCAAUUCAAGAUUGCAAAAUGAGUUCUGGUGGUCGAACGAAAUGAAGACUCAACAUCAAGAUUAUGUGGGGAAAUUGGCCACAAAUGCCGGCAACACGUGUUUAUCGGCGUUUGGUUUGUGUGUCGGUGGUCUGAUGGUUAUGUUAGGGGUUCUUCUGGGCGAUCAGUGCAAGAUCCAGGCCAUUGAUUCGUCCACAAUCAAUGAUCUCCAUGCUAGGGGAAACUUGCCCAAAUGGUUCGUUUACACGGGAACCAUUUUUGUCGUGGGAAGCUCCUUGGCUUGUGGGGUCAUUGGGAUCGUUCCCUUGAGCCUUCGGUCCAUGUGCAAGAACUUUGGGGGCGCCCUAGCCGACGUACUAUCCGGGAUUUGCGGCAAAGUCGUCCUGUUCCUAGCCUAUUUGAUCCUGAUCGUGGCGAAUCUGGUCGGUGUCCUUUGGUUGCAUUUGGCGGGUAUGAAUAGAACUGCUAGAAACAGUUCGAAUCCGUCCGAUCCGAAUUAUUGCCAUCCCACUCUUUGGUACACUGCUCAUGUCAUCACCAAGGGCUUCUGGAUCUUGACCGUGAUGGUGAUUUGGAAUAUGUUGGUGUCUUGCCAUAAGAUGGUCAGGCCAACUCUUUACCAAACCAAAAAGAAAUUCAAUCGCAGAGGACUUGUGUGAUUACUGAAGAGGGAGAAUAAAAGUUAUCUUGCUGAUUUGUCCGUGUUUUGGGGUCACUUUGUAGGUCAAAGUAGAUGAUAUUGAAGGAGAUGAGGAGGGAAUCGUGGAUAUGGUCCUGGAUGAUAAUGCUAUAAAUCAAGUCCCUAGACCUGGCACAUCCUUGAGAUCAGCCAUAACAACAGCUGGUGGUACAAGUCAAGCAUUUCGACCCACAACAAAUUCUGGCCGCCCGAUGAGUGGUGUGGUGAGACCCGGUUCUCAAAGCGGUCGUCCAGGAACCAUGGAUGCGGCCUUGAAGGCCCCCCGAACCGCUCGAACGGCUCGACCCGUGUCAUCCUCUUCUGGUCGUUAUGUUCGAUUGGGCACGGCCAGUAUGUUGUCCCACAAGGACGGCCCUUUCAUCAAUUUGGCUCGUUUGAACAUUGGCAAAUACACGAAAAAGCCAAAUCUGGCCAAAGCCUUGUUCGAAUACAUCUUUUACCACGAGAACAGCGUUCGUGAGGCUUUGGAUUUGGCUGCACAAGCACUUCAAGCUAGUAACUAUGAGGAUUGGUACUGGAAAUUCCAAGUGGGGAAGUGUUAUUACCGCUUUGGAAUGUUCCGGGAUGCUGAGAAGAUGUUCAAAUCAGCUUUGAAACAACAGGAAAUGAUUGAUGUGUUUCUUCACCUGGCGAGGGUGUAUCUAAGGAUUGAUCAACCCAUGGCCGCGUUGGAGGUGUAUAGGACAGGAUUGGAUAAGUUCCCCAAUGAGAUUUCUCUCCUUACUGGUGUAGCUAGAAUCUAUGAGGCUAUUGGCAACCUUCCUCUUUCGGCCAAGUACUACAAAGUCAUUCUUAAGGACGAUGCCAUCAACGUGGAAGCAAUUGCUUGUAUUGGUAUGAACCACUUUUACGCCGAUCAACCCGAGUUAAGUCUCCGAUUCUACCGAAGGCUCCUCCAAAUGGGCAUCAACAACGCGGAGCUCUUCAAUAACAUUGGCCUUUGUUGCUUUUACUCUCAACAAUAUGACUUAACUCUAGCAUGCAUGGAACGCGCAUUAAGUCUCGCCGACGAAGAGACCAUUGGUGAGUCUACAGGCACACAUGAAAAAUCUAAUAUCAAUUUCUUCAUAUUUUUCGUAUUUGAUAAUGUAGCUGAGGUUUGGUACAAUAUUGGUCACAUUGGAAUUGCCGUGGGAGAUCCGGGAUUGGCUUACCAAUGUUUUCGAUUAACUCUGACCAAGAAUAAUAACCAUGCCGAAGCUUUCAAUAACCUCGGCAUCUUGGAACUGCGGAAAGGAAACGUGGAUCAAGCAAGAGCAUUCUUUCAAACUGCGGGUGGACUUGCACCACAUUUAUUUGAACCGAAUUACAACUUGGCCUCUGUAGCUCAAAGAACUGGUGAUUUACAAACAAGUUAUGUGGUCAUCCAAAAGGCGUUGAAGAAUUUUCCAGAGCAUAAAGAUUCGCUACAACUGUUGGAAGUAUUGAGAAAGCACUUUUCGUUACUUUAAGUUUCCUGCCAAUAAAGCAAAGAAUUUUAAUCCAUUGAUCUCGAGUAGCUUGAAAUCUCGUCCGUGUUUGCCGAGAGGUAAAAAGACUGACAUUCAGAAGGCAUGUUUUGACUUGAAAUCCUCUUGGGAUUUGAUUUCAUAUCUUUUGUAGACGCUCUCGAGUGGGUCUGGCUAGAAGUGACGAAUGGUGAAACGUCUGAGAGAAGAGAAAUAAGUCAAUCUCGAGAAAUCACCUCAAAAAUGGAACAUUUAUUGGGUCUUGGGGAAAUGCCCCAGAUUUUCACGUGCUUUCCCUUAAAACUUUAAUUUC